CUCUCCACUACACAGCCUUGUCCCCUGAAUUCUUCUGUCUCGGGGAAUUGCUCUCUCCGAUUAACAAUCAAGAGACUGCACCAGGCAGGUGUCACGACUCACUUUUUCCUUCAGCUUGUUUGCAUCAGGCCUAAUUUUGUUGGGGGCAGGAGGAGAAAUGUACAGGAUCUCAGCAUCUUUCAAGAGGGUUUCAAGCAGUUUGCAAUGAGGGACCCAUGGGCGAGGCUGCUCUUGGCUUGGAGAAGAGCUCAAGGACUGGUUACAGUUUUGGAUGCGACAUGGCGUGGUUGCCAUUUUCUCUCUACCUUCUGGGGACCAGGCUGUGUGGAGCUGCGUCCAAACAAGACCUGGUUCUAGAUCAGCCGCCAGUUGUCAGAGCCCUCAGAGGGGAGUCGGUGACUCUGCCCUGCUCCUGUGACGUCUGUAACUACCCCGACUUCCACUCCGAGUGGCGUUUCACCAGUGGAAACAGGGGCCCAGGCACCAUCCUGGCCGUGAAGACGGCCCUCAAUUCCAAACACCAGGACCCACCGUACAAGUUUUCUGUGACGCACCAGAGAAACUCGAGAUCUUUGCUGCUCAUUAAAAACCUGCAGAUAAACGACCAGGGAACCUACAUGUGUACAAUGAUUAAAAACGUGCCGCCUCCUACGGUGAUCUUGAAAGGGCCCGGGACGCAGCUUGAAGUCUAUGUUUUGCCCAAAGUCUGGCUCUUUGCUUCUCCCUCGGAAGCAGCUUUUCCCAUGGCCCUAGUGACCUGUGCAGUGAGGGACUUUUAUCCACAAUCUCUCUACGCCACACUGAACGCAACCUGCGGGGUAUACGACGCGCUGGCGGACAAUGCUUCAGCUCUCAUGACUGAUGAUGGGACCUUCAACAUGACCCUACAGGCCUGGGUGAAUGUGACCGACUGCCAGAAUGGGACGGAAGUGACCUGCUUGGUUAGACAGCUCACAGCUGAGACACGCAGGAUUCUCUGGAUACCCAGGGCAAAAAAUAAAGCAGUGCUGUUACCUGUGCCGAUCAUUCUCAUCAGAUUUCUUUUUGGAGGAGCUGUGGUUCUUUGGCUCAUGUUCCUGGUAGGCUGCUUCAUGAAAACAGGCCUGCCCGGACCAGCUGUGGCACUGAGUUCCUUGCACACCACUUCACAGCCAGUUGACCCUCAGGCCGGAGGAGGUGGAGCAGAUGUCCCAGAACUGGAGUAAGCAGCUGCACAGCGGCUCAUGGAGCGGUUCUCUGCACAGCCGCCACUGGGCUACCCCUGCGACUAAUUGGACCUGUGAGAUGGGUUGUGCUCGGACUAUGAGAGCUGAGCCUCAAGAAGCCGGCCAGUUAUUACUUGGAACUAUGGGGUUGGGGACAGGCCAGAUUUUAAAGGUAUUUAGGCACCUGACUCCCAUUGAAAUCAAAUUCCUAAUGCAGUGAUCUGGCUCACUCGAUUUCUUGUAUGUAAAAUAUUUAUCUGCAGGGUUUUCAUGUUUCUUUUGACUUCCCUUUUCGCUAAAGCAAAAGAUCCAUCCAGUUCCGUAUUCCCCAGGCCCCCGAGGGCUGAUGAGUGGAGAAGACUCACCUGCAACGGUGCCCUGCCAGGGUUUAUUUUAAUUUCCCCGAGCCAGAAAUAGGAGCCCAGCGUGUAUUCGGUGUAUUUUAGAGACGGGCCCUCGGACAGGCUGAACCCAGCCCUUGUUGUGGCCCUUGGUCCCUGGCAGGUGGUUUGCACAUAGGUUGGUUCUCCUGUCAGAUGUUAACGGCAAAGCAUUUCAUGCCGUUGUCCCUGUGCUUUGGUGGGUAGCUGGGAAAGCUGCCUGAUGGGGAUUUCCCAGCUUAUUUCUGAGAUGCAAAGUGUGCCGUACUAACGGCCAAAUGCAGGUGGGGGGUAAGAGACCCAGGCAGCUCCCAUGGGAUUGUACCUAUUGCUCCCUGAAUAUUGGCCUGCAAGCUUGGUUAUUGAAUCGCUCUUGCAUUUGGCUAUAUUUGGAGCUGGUAAACGUCUGUGUUCUCUUUGCUUCUGUUGGCAGCAUUUGUUUUGAGUUAAUAAUCCCUUGCCUGGCUCUUCCUUCCGAGGGUCUCACAGAACUUUACAAACACAAAUUUGAUUUCCCUACGUGCCGGUGAGCCACAGAUGGGGACACUGAGGCAGUGCUCUUCGGUGUUGGAUGGUUUGUAGGACACCUGAACUUGAUGAGCAGCAAGGGACGUCAUCACUAACACAAAGGACUAUUGGCCAUCUUCCGGCAGAAGGUAGCCCAGCCAAGCGCAAGCCAGUAUGAGGCAGUGAGAGUGUCUGAGUGGGAUGCUAAAAUGGGGGAGCUGCCAUCUUUCUAACUAGACUCAAAGAGCUGCAGUGAACCAGAGGGCUGUUAACGCAGUGGUCCACGGAGAUAGAGAAUGAGCAGAGAAUGCUCCCUCUGAACGCCGACGUGCAAGGUCUAUGUGACGACUGGAACAUCCAGGCGAAUCCAGCCUGGUUCCUGGUUAUACCCAAAGAGGAGACCUUGAGGGUGUCACCAGGCCUAUUGAAGGAGGAUUGAACCAAGACAAGGGAAAAGAGCAUGCAGGGCUUGAGCCCCCAGGUGGACUGCCAUUAACGUCUCAAGAGAAAAUCUCAUGAGAGCAAAUCUUAGGACAAACUAAGUCAUUGCACCGUAAUGGUGCAGAGAUCCACCCGGCACAGCUGGGAAAGGGCACCAGAGAGCUGGUUCCAGAUUCCUGAGGCUGGGGCACAAUCUGUGCAGGCCCCGGCAUGGGUUAGAGCUGCCUAGGGGUUGCUCAGACUUCUGAAGUCCCGGGAGACACGCGGAGUUACACCGAGCUGAAAAUCUGGCCUCCUGUUGUCCUUCCUUUGCCUAAAAUGGGGCUGAAUUCAUCCGGUGGUUGCAAUGGCUGUUCUGCCGCUAGCCAGACACACUCCAGGAUCUGUAAGCCCCCGUCCCAUGCUAAUUCAGGAUCAUGUUUCGAACCGGCUCAGUCCGCUCUUGUGCACUAAAAACUAGUGCGGUUCUAAGGCUGUGGCUACACUACGCGGCUUUGAGCGGCACGACGCUGCAACGGUAACACUUCCACUAGGCCACUGGAUGUGACAGUUCUUCCUCUUCCAGCGAUAGCCCCGGUCAUGGGCAAUCUUGUCACCGAACAACACGGAGAACAGCCAUGUGUGGCUGUGGCAUUUAAUAUCGCUUGGCAAUUUGGCUGAAAUACGGUAUCGCCAUGACGCAAAAGCAGUCAAGCCUCCAAAUCGUCCACAGGUAGCCAAAUGUAGUAGACGCUUGCCCACACCGGCCUGUCCAUUACAUUGUGCACUUCAUACUAUUCCAGGGUCAGUAAUUGCCAGCAGGAAAAUUCAAACGUAUCAACACUCAGUACAGUACAACAUUUGCACUAUGACAAGCCUGCAGAAAUCAGUUGUAAAUUGGAACCCACAGUACGGGAUGCAGUUGAUCGAAUAGAAGAUAUGACCUCAUAUUCCCAUGUAGUUAGGGGAAACCAGAAUUAUACCUUGGAUUAGUCCAACCAGGCCGCAGGUUUUCUUUUGUGAUGAUGACAAAUCUGGACCGGGGAUGGGAGAUCAAUUUUCACUAGAGAUCAUAUUGCGUGAUUGGAUCAAGGCGACCUGAGAGACUGGAAUGUGUGGUCCAAAUCAAUUCCACCUGACCAAGAAUGGACAAAGCAGAGCAGAAACCAGAGACGGAUGGCAAGAACCAGGAAGAAUGAACCCCUGUGGAACAUGAGCCAAAAUGCUACCUGGAAACCGUUGCCAGGCUCAUAACAGGAGUGGGGAAGAUGAAUCCCCGUUGUUAUGGAGUCAUCACAGACGAAUUACCUCAGCCAUUUGGUUCUGCGUGUGUGAACUCCAUCACACGCUACUCUGAGUUAUUUAUAGACGGCGGCUGGAUUGGGGGAUUUCUCCCUUGCCCCUCUGCACUGAUUCUAAAGGAGACAGUCAUGAAAUGAGAACUGAAGCCAGGUCUACACUACAGACCUACCUCGGUAUAACUAAGUCACUCAGGGGUGUGAAAAAUCCAUACCCCCGAGCGACAUAGUAAUACCAACCUAACCCAUGGUGUGGACAGCGUUGUCAAUGGGACACAGCUACCGCCUUUCGGGGAGGUGGAUUAACGAUGUUGACGGGACAGCCCUCUCCCAUUGGCGUAGGAGCAUCUUCAGUACAGCGAACCGGCGGCACCACUGGAUCGGUGCAGAGUGGUUUUAGUGUAGACCUGCCCUGAGGAGAAUUCCUGUUUUGUUCCAAGCGCCACCCGCUGAUCAAGAAAUAGAACUGAAAAUAUUUCCACUAAUCUAACCCAAAAAGAAGUAUUUCUUCACACAACGCACAGUCAAACUUUGGAACUCCUUGCCAGAGGAUGUUGUGAAGGCCAAG